AUGCCACGAGUGAUCGACGCCGUGUUGGUGGCGAUCGUCGCCUACCACCUUUAUCUCGCCCCCUAUACCAAAGUAGAGGAGCUGUUUAACAUCCAGGCGAUCCACGAUAUCGUCAAUUACGGCGCCUUCCCGCAGGAGGUCAUCACCGCCCACUAUGACCACGUCGCCUUCCCCGGGGCCGUCCCCCGGCUGUUUGUCGGGGCCUUAGUGAUUUCUGGGUUUACUAAGAUGAUUAUGAACGUGAGCAAAUGGUUCGGUCACCCAUUGGUGGUCGACGGGGCCACCGAGGCCGAUUUGCUCCUCGUGGUGAGAAGCGUGCUUGGCCUCGCCAACGCCAUGGGGAUCGUUGCCAUUGGCCACGCCAUCGAUAAAGUGACCCCGAAAAAGCGUGGUGUUGGCUGGUGGUACACGUUGCUUGCAUGUGGCCAGUUCCAUUUGCUCUACUAUGCCCUGAGAACAUUACCGAACUUUGUGGCGCUUCCCGUGGUCAAUUUCGCGUUGGCCAAGCUUAUUCAGGGGGAUAUCUCGGGGUUAUCGUGGCUAGCAUUCUGUGGCGUGGUGUUCCGCCUUGAAAUUGGCGUUUUCGCCACCAUCAUUGCCAUAGUGUCAUCACUCAUAUUCCGCCAAACCCAGUUGUCGGUGGCGAUCGUGAUGCUUAUGGCGGGUACAGUAUUCGGGUUAUUCAUCAGUAUCCUGUUUGACCUGUACUUUUGGGGUCGGUUAGUGUGGCCGGAGCUCGAAGGGUUUGUGUUUAACGUUGUCCAUGGAAAAUCAGUUAACUGGGGUACCGAGCCGUGGAAGGCCUACUUCACGCGCUACUUAUGGCAAUUAUUCCGCCCUCCGCUUGUGCUUUUGCUUGUUAUCCCCGGGCUCGUUAGUGACCCUGUGGGAGAAAUAAAGUCAUCACCAAAGAACCAAAAACAGCCUGAAACUGCGAUCACUCACCCGUCAAAGAACAUUUUGAGGAUCUUAACUGUUUCGUCAAUCAUUUACGUGGCGGUGAUGUCGUUUCAGCCGCAUAAGGAGUGGCGGUUCAUCAUUUACACUGUACCGAUAUUCAUUGCCAGUGCCGCCAAUGCGAUGAAUAACGUGUGGAGCAAGCGUCGCGACAGUAUCUCCACCCUGAUAUUAGCGGCUGGGUUGUCGUUGGUGGCGGUGGCGAGUAUAUUUGUGGGCUUACUCUUUGGCUACUUCUCCAGCUACAACUACCCCGGCGGCGAAGCGCUCUACCAAACCAACAAGUGGCUCGACCAGCACUACCAGAACUCGCUGGCAUUAGUGCACAUGGACGUGGCGCUGUGUAUGACGGGGAUCAACCGGUUUGGCGAGAUUCACCGCUUAGACGAUACCAUUAUCUACGAUAAAACUGAGGAUGACGACGUCCUCAAGGAGAUUUGGGACAGUAUCGAUAUUUUGAUCAGCGAAAAGCAACCCGACGUCAAUGAAGGAUGGCAGCACGUGUACACUGCCCGCAAAUUCAGUGGGGUAUCGCUAGUCCCGACUAAAGCGUUGGUACAAGCAUUACGACUUGAUCCUGUCAAUUACGGUAAAGGUCUAUUGACGCUGGUGGUGGACGAAGUGAAACGAGGCCAAUGGGAAACGGCCCAGUUAUGGCUACAACAGUCAGUCAAGACAGAGGAGUACUUGUACGUGUUUGAGCGUACCCGGCACCCCGACGAUGACAACUAA